CACACAUUCUCGUGAAAAAAUUUUUUCGAGUUUGUUCGACGUUUCACGUUCAUAAAUUCUUGUAAUAGCAACGAAAUAAAAUCGUUUUGUUGAGUAAUUUGUGCAAAACAAUUGUGGCUGCGUGUGCUGUGAUAGUGUUCAAGUGCAAAACAACAACAACAAGAGGCAGUCAUCGCAGCACGGCCGAAAAGGAAAACGGCAGCUAGAACAGAACGUUUUUGCUGAAAAAAAGAAGAAGAAAAAAGAAACAGCGACCGCGGGAGUCUCAGUCUCUGCCUUGUCUAAACUGAACGGGUGUGCGCUAUUUUGUGCGUGUGUGUGGAGGACAGCAAAUUGCAACAAGUCGCUACAACAACAACCACAACAACAACAAGAAUAUAAACCAUGUCCAGCUUACCGCGACGCAUCAUAAAGGAAACCCAGCGUCUGAUGCAGGAACCAGUUCCCGGUAUCAAUGCCAUUCCCGAUGAGAAUAACGCCCGUUAUUUCCAUGUUAUUGUCACCGGUCCGAACGAUUCUCCAUUCGAGGGUGGUGUCUUCAAGCUGGAAUUAUUCUUACCCGAAGACUAUCCGAUGUCAGCACCGAAGGUUCGCUUCAUAACGAAAAUCUAUCAUCCCAACAUUGAUCGUCUGGGUCGCAUUUGCCUCGACGUCCUCAAGGACAAAUGGAGUCCAGCCCUUCAAAUUCGCACCAUACUCUUGUCCAUUCAGGCACUACUCAGCGCCCCAAAUCCCGAUGAUCCGCUGGCCAACGAUGUCGCCGAACUGUGGAAGGUGAACGAGGCUGAGGCCAUACGCAAUGCACGCGAAUGGACCCAGAAGUAUGCCGUCGAAGACUGAAGAGUGCGCGUGGACAUGGACGUGGACGUGGAAGUGGGUGUGGGCGUAGGGGCGUGAGCGUUAUCGUUGCUGUUGUCAUUGUAGUCGCAAAAUUUAGGCUUAGCGUAACAUAUAAACAAACACACACACACACCUACACACACACACUUAGUGACAGAAAUGGUAGAAAAAAGUAGGAGUCAAACGAAGCGAACUUAGACAAGUGGGGAGAGUAGGGUUACAGUGACAGCGGACGUGACGUUGUGAUGGUGCGGUAUGAGAGUAUGCAGGGGGCAUGCAAAGGACACUAAAAAAAAAACAACAACAAACAAACGAAAAACAAAUGAUAGCUGAUGGAAAAAAAACAAACUACUUUUUUGUAACAAAUUUUUUUUUGCUCGGGCGGGUUUUCUAAACAUAAGAGAUAUAAUAAUGUAUGUAUGCUUCAUAACACACUCAACACAACACCAACACACAACACAAUAAACAUAUACAUACAUUUUAUAAAAAAAAAAACUCAGUACUUUUGUAUACCAAUAAGUCAGGCAUAGAACGAGAUGAAGCGUGUCCAAUUAGGUUGUUGACGGUAGCGUUUAGGUAGGGUUUUAAAUCACCAUUAAAACAUAUUUUAAAAAAUUAACAACUUUUCUCAGUUUACAAAACAGUCUGAAAGGCAUAGCUGAAAGGCAUUUUUCCUUAACAUUUAGAAAAUACAUAUGCAGUUAUAUUUUAUCACAAAAGAGACAUCUAUACUCUUCUCAAUUCAUUUCGAUUUCUAAUUGUCAUCAAGAGGAUGAUUUUAAUUUUCUUUACACUCGUUGCGUUAAGUAGAGAUUAACGGGAACUAUCUUUGUUUAACCAAAAUAGAAUCCAUACAGAAAGAACCCACACAGUACAAGAUCUAAGAGUAAAACAUUUUCUUACAACUGACCAACACAAAAACACAAACAAACAAGGGCGAAAAGCACGGUGACCUACACAGAAGGAGAAACAAAAGAGAAGCUUUUCUUCCUUCCCCAACCACAACACUAAAAAUAACAGCUAAUUUCCAAUUGUCAUAAUGAUGAUGAAAAGGGAAGAAAACUGUUUUUAAAACUUUAACCUUACCCUUACCUUUUUGCAUCGUUUUUUCGUUCAAUAGAGAGAUAGAGAGAGAGGGAGAUGUGAAAGGUAUGCAAAAACCUCUGAUACUUCACAUUCACAAACAAACUGCGUUUUUAAUAGCUACACUCAAAUAUUAAGAGGGGUGCAUAGUUUCUACAACUAUAUAUAUUUAGAGCGAAGCCAGCCACUGCCUCAGUAUAACGCUGCCGUCGCGUCUUCAAUUGGAAACUAAGUUAUUUUGACAAAAUAUAUGAAAAAUGUUUUAAAAGCAA